AUGUCUAAGCAUUCAGAAGAUCCAAGCAAGGGAGUGAAGGUACAAAAGAGGAAAGUUGCUUCUAGUGCAUCAACCUCGUCGCUGUCUUCCACACAUCAGCAGUUAAUGAAUCAAGCUACGAAAAUGAAGAGAACUAAGAUAAAUGAAAUGAAGAAACAGAAACAGGAUUUUUUUAAACGAAUAAACUAUAGCCAUUUGUUUACUGUUGUUGUGCUACCAGUAUUGGCGGUUUUGUAUGUGGUCCUUUGUAAACAAAGCAUCGUUCCUGAGAAUGAAAAAACGUUAUACUUCACAUGUAUAUAUUAUAACAUUACAAUGUUGGCAUUCACAAGUGGCUAUCACAAGUACUUUGCCCACAAUUCCUUUAAAGUAAAAAUUGAGAUAUUGAAGUAUUACUUUUGCAUUUUUGGAAGCAGCUGUGGACUAGGAUCAAUUCGAUGGUGGGCAGGAUUGCAUAGGGCACAUCAUCAUUUCACUGACGACACAGAACGAGACCCGUACCUGAUUAAAAGAGGAUUUUUGUUUAGUCAUUACGCAUGGCUACUUAAGAAACCUAAGCUCACAAAGUUUUAUUUGGAUUUCUUGGAACAGGAAUUUCCAGAGCAUCCAGAAAACCAGAAAGUGGAAAACGAAAUUAUUUUAGACAAAGAAAUGGACACUGAAUACAAUGUUGAAGAUAUCAUUAGACAGGAUUACGAUGAAAGCUUACGAAAUCUUUUGAUGUGGCAACAAAAGACUUAUUUAUUUUGGUUUUUCGUUACCACCAUAUUGAUACCAGCCUUUAUUACGAAAUACGUUUGCGACGAUUCGAUAGUACAUGGAGUUUUGUAUCCCGGCGUUUUGCGCAUGUUUUUAUGUCAACAAUCAUUAUUAAGUACAGAGUCAGUUUGCCAUUUAAAGAGAAUUCAUGUAACAAUUCCCACACAACCUUUUAACGACAAGAACUCUUCGACUAAUUGCAACAAUCCACUAGUAUCUUUCUUAACGUAUGGACAAUCGCACCAGAACUAUCAUCAUGAAUUUCCACAUGAUUACCGUGUUGACAAUAGUUAUUUAACUUAUGACCCUACAAAAUGGUUUAUUUGGGUUUUGGAGAAGUUGGGUGCAGUUGACGAGUUAUCUCGGACUCCUGACAACUUGAUUGUGCAGUUGAAAUUACAACAGCAACAGCAAAUUAUUAAUAGAACAAAGAGUCAGCUAAACUGGGGUACGCCAAUUUCCAAGUUACCAUUAAUUUCACCAACUGAUUUCAAAAAGAUCAUAUCGUCAACCUCGAACAAGGAUCGCAUUUAUAUAGUUAUCCAGAAUAUCAUUCAUGAUAUAACUCCAUUCAUGGACCAACAUCCUGGUGGGGUUGCCCUUUUGAAAGCUUCACAUGGAAAAGAUGCUACAAAGGCUUUCUAUGGUGGUGUUUAUGGCCAUCUGACUGCUGCAGUGAAUUUAUUAGCAACAAUGAGAAUUGGUGUCUUGGAUGAUGGUGAUCACGAAGAAGUUUGGAGACGGGUUGCAAGAGAAGAAAGUGAAGUGUCGAAUUCGACUGACUCUAGACCAGGCAACCAUCACACUGCUGAAGCAGCAUAG